AUGUUAGCUCACUCAAAAGUGUGUCACAAAAACCCUAACCUUUUACAGAAAGAUCCCACACAAAGAAACCUUGUAAGUGGUGAUGCUGGUUUUUUAGGUUCAACAAGCCAAAGGUUCAAUUCUCAAGCAUGUAGGAAGGCUAUUACUCCCUUUGUUAUUCUUGAUGAGCAUUCCUUUAGAGUGGUAGAGGGUGAGGGUGUUAAGAAACUAUGCAAACAACUACAACCACAAAUUACUAUCCUUUCAAGGAGGAUUGUUGCUAGGGAUUGUUUUCAACUUUACCUAGCUGAAAAGUUAAAACUUAAAGCCUUUUUUAAAUCUGAUUGUGCUAGGGUUGCUUUAACCACAGAUUGUUGGACAUCAAUUCAAAAUCUUAGUUACAUGGCCAUAAUUGCACACUUCAUUGACAAUGCAUGGAUCUAUCAUAAAAAGAUUAUUAGUUUUAGUUUAGUUCCAAAUCACAAGACUGACACCAUUGGUAAAAAAGUGGAAGAUGUUUUGAAGGAAUAA